GGGUUUUCUUUCUCUCUCUCUCUCACAUGUAAACAUUAUUUAGGGAUAUCCCAUAAAUAAAGUUUGUUCCUUUUUUUUUUCUUUCUCUCUCCCUCUCUUUUUCUAUGGCUUCAACUUCAUUUUGCUUAAGGUUUCCAUACAAGAGAUGUUGAAACAACAGCUUACAGAAAGGAGAGAAAGGGGAAAAAAUUAUUGGAAGAUGUCUUCUUCCACCUACUCUAAUUCUCCUUGUGCAGCCUGCAAGUUCCUACGUCGAAAAUGCCUACCAGAUUGUGUUUUUGCGCCAUAUUUUCCGCCCGAAGAGCCUCAAAAGUUUGCUAAUGUUCACAAGAUCUUUGGUGCCAGUAAUGUCAGCAAACUGUUGAAUGAAGUCCAGCCGCAUCAGCGGGAGGAUGCUGUGAACUCGCUCGCUUACGAGGCCGAGGCAAGGAUGAAAGACCCUGUGUAUGGCUGCGUUGGCGCCAUCUCUAUACUCCAAAGGCAAGUCAUCAAGCUCCAAAAAGAGCUCGAUGCUACUAACGCCGACCUCAUUCGCUAUGCCUGCAGUGAAAUCCCAGCCCCAUCUCCGUCUUCAUCGUCGCAAUAUGCUCGAAGGUCGUCAUCAACAAGCCACGAGGGAAGCUCGUCUACCUCUAGCUAUGGUCAUUACUAUACUGGUCUCUACUUUUCUCCAUGGAGUAACAACAAUAAUGGCCCUUGUGGAGAUGGCCAUGACAAAGGAGAAUACAAGUAAAUAUUUUUCAAUUGAUAUAUCAUUAUCUCUAUAAUUUGAAUCAUCACAAGGAGGGAUAAUAUCAUAUGCUGAUAUGGGUGUGAAAGUUCUAUGAUAUUUUGAUCAUAAAUACAAUCGAUAAUUACAAAUCAUAUCUAUUGUAUUCGUCUAGUUUGUGAGCUA